AAUAGUAGUUAUUUUUACGUCAAGUUCUACAGUUAGUUUGAAAUUUAUCUACUCACUUUGAAAGUCUAUAAUUGUCAAAGUGCUAUACUGAAAUUUACUUCUCAUAUAUGUAUGGUAUAACGAUAUAUAAUUGAAAGAACAAAGUACUGAUUAUAUUGCAGGAGUAAUGCUUCAAGGAAAAUUGAAAAAAUACCUCUACAUUUGCUUGUAUAUUCAUGCAUGUCACGAAGCUUCAAAAUGUGAACAAAUUGCAGAAGAAACACGAUGUGAUCCACUUUCAACUCCGAAGAAUGGAAAAAUGUAUUGUAGAAAUGGCAACGAAGUUGGUUCUGAAUGUUUAUUUGCAUGUGAGCCUUAUCAUUCGUUGAUAGGAUCAAGUAGAAUCAAAUGUUUACAAACGUCAUCUGGAUUAAAAUGGUCGAAUUCAACUGUGGUUUUAUGCAAACCUAAUCGUUGCAAACCGGAUAUUGACAUGCAAGUUCCGGGCAAAUUCGUGACUUGUUCAAGAACAAAUAAAGUCACUUCUGUAUGUCAUUUUAAAUGUUUGAAACCAGGGUACACAGUAUCUCCCACGAAAACAAUCAAAUGCUUACCAAACCAACAAUGGAGCGGGAAAGUACCAUGUUGUGGUCGUUCUUGCAGUCUGUUCACAAAUUUGGAUGUUUAUAUAAUUUUCGAAUCUUCUGAAUACAUCGGAGUGAAUAUUUGGAUUGAAAUGAAGGAAUUAAUCAAGAAUGCGAUGGGGCGGUAUGAAAUAUCUUCGGACUCAUUAAAGAUUUCUGCGAUACGAUUCAAUAAGGAUGUGGACACCGACAACAUUAUUCGAAUGGAUGAUUAUCUGAAUAAAAAAUCUGAAUUCUGGUAUAAAUUUGAUAGACUGCCUCACGAUGGAAGAGGAUCAAAUACGGGUAAAGCAAUUCGGUAUCUUGUCAAUAACAUGAUGAACGAAGAAUCUGGUAAUCGCAUUGAUGUGGUGGACAUUGUUAUUUUGUUAUCAUCAGGAAAAAUUGAUGACGAUGUUUCUGAAGCAUCGAGGGAAUUACGAGAAAGUGGAGCUUUUGUAAUUGUCAUUGCUAGCUCUUCAUCAGAGCCAUGGUUUAAUGAGGAAAAGUUGAUUCAAAUUGCAGGAAAUAAACAAAAUUGGCUUAUACCAAAAGGUGAUGAUUUUGGUGAUAUGCAUCACUUGGUGAUGACUGGAAUUUGCGGACGAGGAUGCUAGACUCAGAUUGAAUAUUAUUUGGCGCAUAAAUACAAGAAAUUCUAUAUAAGUUUUUGCGUCUUUUCCCCUGAGGUCAUUCUGCAUGGGUCACUUGUAAGAUUCCAUUUUUCAUCAAAUGUUAGGUCCUAAACAUUCACUUAUAGCCUUUUACAAACAUAUGCUAGAGUUGUAUUUGUCUAUAUAUCUUAAAAAACCUCUUCUCUAAUAAUAUAUUUUUAUUCAACGUAAUGCGUAGAAGGUUAAGUAAAAAGCGUUAAUGUGUCAAAAUGUACAUUGCAUAAGUAAUAUUAAUUCAACUGUGACUAAAAUAAACAAAAAAUACGCAUUCUGCUUGCCAGUUUAUGUACGUUUUGUCUCUGAACUAUUAGCCAUAGAAAUAUAAGGUCACAGAAUAUCAGCUGAAUAUAGACGAGAGCAUGCAAAUAUUGAAUUGUAAGACGUUAUUGAAUCAAUAUUAACUUUUUCAUUAUCGAGUAUUCCGUAGGUAUCGCAAAAUUUUGUUAAGAAAUAAUUAUUAAACAAUCGAUUAAAAUGAAGUCUGAAGCAAUGUUUCGAAA